GAAAAGGCCUCAGUUUAGACUCAGCGUUACGGCGAGCAGGUUGUUGGCAGGCAGUGGGAAAGUUUGACAGGUUGUGGGACUCGGAUUGUACUGAGCUGUUCCCGUGUUGUGUAUAGAGAUGUGGUCUUGUAUUAUGGAGUACCUGCUGGUGUGACAUUAUGGAUAUAUCGGUACUGUGGCGAGCCUUGACCAGCGGUCAUCUGGUCAUUACCUGGCUACUCCUCGCCGUCAUCACAGGGGGAAGAACGCAGCACACCUGUAAUCAGUGCGACUGUACAAUCAGUGACCCGGACAAUGGAGAAAAGGCCAUCAUUAACGUCAAGCCAAAAUGUCUUGAAGGUCAAAUCACGUGGUUAAGUUCAUACGGUGCAAUCAGGUUGGAGUUGAAUCCGCAACAUGCCGGGGAGUACAGAUAUUGUGUUCGUGUACAAAGUGAAAAUAUCAAAACUAUAGUAUCACAGGAAGUGCUGUCGAGGACACAUGGGAAUUAUAAAUUAAAAAUUGUGAACGAUGUGGAAGUUCGGUUAUCUCCCCUUUUCACAACUAGAGGGCGCGGCAGGGAAUUUUGUAUUUCCGGUUCCGAUCCAAUCCAUUUGUACAUGGAGACUGAACGUAGCGCCGAAGACACGGGCGUGGCCAGGGUGAAAGUUUUCUAUGACAUGGAGAAGACGUCGAGUAGUCUCCGUUACAGUCCCAUGGAAGAGUGCCGUCCUUGUACUGAUAGAGAACUGUUGCGGGCCUACUGUACCAGUGAUUUCGUUGCAGUCGGCAGCAUGGAUGACGUCAACCAUGACGACGUGGAAGAAACCUCCGUCAUCCGGGUGUCUGUGACUCGGUUGAUUUCGCAGAAGGAAGCCAUUUUCAAAAAGGCAGAAAAUGGAUGGUCCCGUCCCCACGAGCUGAAGGGCGGGAUUCACGCCCCGCACCGGUGUGGCAUCAGGCACGGGGAGGGGCAGUUCUUGUUCACAGGCCGCGUCCGUCUGGGGCGACCAGUCUUACAGUGUGCCCCCCGUUAUGAACAGUGGAAGAGUGUUUUCGAGAUGGCUCUCCUCAAUGAUGAACUUGAAUGUUCAUACGGUUCUUGAUCCUAGAGGGGACUUCAUCUAAUUAUGUGCCAUAUCCACACGAGACUGUUUACUUACAGCGACCUAACGUGACCCAAACAAUGGAUCCAUCGCGUGUGCCCAUGCGCCACGUGAGUUGUGAGACGAAACUGUCUAUGUGAAUCUGUGAUAAACUGUUUUAACUCUCCAAACUUGGAACCGGAAGUGCAUAAUGUCUACUGUGCGUGGCCUGAUCACGUGACGGACUCCAUGAUUCUGUACAUAAUGUGCUCUCUCAACCUGUGAUAGCCUAUUGUUCGUACACUGAACCCUCAACAGGAUCUUGACCAGUGAAAAAUGGCGGCAGUUUCAAACUGUGACUGUGUUUAAAGAUGGCGACCGGAUGGCAUAUAAACAGACAGUUUGGGGCGGGUCCAUUACAAUAUGAUCUCAUCUGUGCUAGUCUCUGUAGAAUCGUUAUUGUCAUAAUGUCAUUCCUGCUUUGAGAGUGCAGCAAACAGAUUCGACCAAACCAAAUGUAUAUAGAACAGAGAUCUGAGUUGUUCAUACAAAGUCGUGUAUUUAUGAACUAUAUACUGUAGCUGUUUGCUUCAGAGACAAAACUAACUUUCGGCGCAUUCUGUUGGUGACACAAUGCAUUCAUUGUGCAUACCUUUCGGAAGAAGAGACAGCCGAACAUUCAAGACAUAUUCAUGCUCUCAUUUAAAUUCUUUACACUGCCGAACAUUCUAUCCACAUUCCUUUAUCUCUUGGGACCAUCUGGUUUCCGGUUCAACUGAAAAGUUUCAGAAAUGUCCAUCUUCGAAGUUUCCGUCCCCUUCAACCCAAAGUAAAACCUUGUUAAACCAAACUUCAUAUCAGAUAGUUCCAAGCACAUAUCACACCCCACUCAUGUUCCCCCAGUUGGUUUUAUGGCUGCAAUGUUGUCGAGGGGCCGUUAUGCAGUCGCUGGAAAACAUCAACCUUCUUCAGUCCACAUCACUACAACCAUAACUCCACCCACAUGCAACCCAUCCUCAUUCAGCAUUGCAACAUCAACAACAGCACCCCUCAAGCUAUAUGAUGACGACAUCAAUCUGAAACAGCAUCAUCUACAUGUAUAUCAUCACUAGACAGAACUGCAACAUACUCCAUGUUGCUCCUAUACCCAUACCGCUCCAUCCACAUGAGAACGAGAUAUUCACACAUUCCUUGCUUCUGCUUAAAUAACCUUCACGUUCACAAGCAUUUGCUGAAAAUGCAACUGUUCAGAUGUUUCCGGAAACUUUAAUAGCUUUUAACAAUUUUAUGACUGAAAUUGGUAAUUAAAUAGUUAUGUCCUCUGCCCAGCCAAGAGCUGUUUGUGCUGAGCUGAUUCUAAAUUGGAUAUACACGUAUGUAACAAACUCAUACGCGUUCAUUCAGUCGCUCGGGAUCGGGUGGUCAGACUCGCUGACUUGGUUGACACGUCAUCAGUUCCCAAUUACGCAUGCUGUUGAUCACUGGAUUGUCUGGUCCAGACUAUUAUUUACAGACCGCCGCCAUAUAGCUGGAAUAUUGCUGGGUGCGGCGUAAAACUAAACUCACUUUCAGUCGCAUCCAGCUUUACAAACAUAAUUUUCGCGUACUGACAGUGGUAAACCUUUCCAUUACUGCGGAUUUACUAUAUUCAUUAAUAUGUAAACAGAUAUGCAGAUACGACAUCCGAUGGUCAAAGGGUUUCUGUAUACUUUUAAAACGACCAUAACCGUUCGCAGAAACUUCAUACUUAAUCAUACGCUAGCUCCGUACAGCGUUUGCCGGACGUGGAGUUCCACAGUUUAGCCCAGCUUUAAAAGCCUCCAGCACAUAUCACACCUGCCAUUUGCUUUAUGUACAUAUUGUUGAUACCAAAUUGUUACUUGUUGUUGAAUCGUUAUAUUUUGUAUAAAAUGAUGAAAUAUUAAAAGACUGACUACAUA